AUGACUGCAGAGUUGAAUGUCGGCUCGAUGCUGUCUACCUUGACUGCUGCCCUGCAGUCUGCUGCAUCCGCAUUUCCAGAGUCGGAGCAGCAACUGCUACCACCCGCAGACGGGAUAUCCCUCCUCGACAUCAAGAACGACCUCCUCCUCUCGUACAUUCAAAAUCUGGCCUUUUUGGUCAUCAUCAAGCUGCGCAAUGGCCUCGCGGAAGAUUCGUCGAGUGACCUAGCCUCGGAAGUCACCAAGCACCUGGUCGACUUGCGGGUCUAUCUGGAACGGGGCGUCCGUCCUCUGGAGAGCAAAUUGAAAUACCAGAUCGACAAGGUCGUGCGGGCGGCCGAAGAGGCUGAUCGCAGGAGUGCGCAGAAGAAUGGGGUGGAUCACGAGUCACAGAAACGACCCUCCAAGAAGACACGCAAUGAAAAUGGCGAUGUCUCAGACGAGUUUGGAUCGGGUUCGGAAGAGUCCUCGGAGGACGAAGCUGUUGAAAACAAUUACACCGAGGGCGACAUGUCCAUGGGACCAAGACCUGCUGCACUCCUGAAGAAUGUAGAUACGAGCAAGAAGGAAGAUCAAAUCGUCAAGUCGCGAUCAACGGCCACUGGCGCAUACAAGCCUCCACGUAUAACACCUACUGCAAUGCCGGAGCCUCCUUCACAGCGCGACCGCGAUGUCCCCGCGAGAAAACGCAAGUCGCAGCUCCUGGACGAAUAUAUCGACGAGGAACUCUCCACGGCGCCACGCGCGCAACCAUCGAUCGGUUCAAACAACACUAUUGUCAAGCAUGGACGUGGGGCAAUGUCGUCGAAAGAGCGUGACAAGGAGCGAGAAAGGAUCGAAUACGAAGAGCGGAAUUUCGUCCGAUUACCUGCGGAGAGCAAAGCUGAGAAAAGGAAGGCAAGGCUCCGAGGCGAGAUGGACAAGAGGGAUCUAUUCGGUGGUGAAGACUGGACCGGCCUUGGUGGAUUGGGAGAUCGGAUUCACAGGAGCGUCGCGGGCAGAGCGAAAGGCGAGGGAUCUAGUGUGCUUGACCGAAGAGCGAAGAGAAGGAGAGACACCCAGGAUGGGCCCAGGUCUGAUGGUACCAGUGGCAUACCCAUCGGUGAGAGUUUCGAAAAGAGGAGGAGGAUCUUGCAGCAGCGGGCGGACAAGAAGUCGAGAAGGAAGGGCUGA